AUGAAACCCUCUCGCAAAAAGAAGACACCAAGAACGAUCAACCCUACUGGGAAUAGGCCCAAAACGCGGGGGAAAGGCUGCCGCCAUUGUACAAAACGAAAAAAUGAGCUCAAAGAGCUUUUCGAAAAAAUCGACCGGGUUGAUAAGGUGGCCAACGAUCAGAAGGUGACAGAAGAAAAUCUAAACAAAUAUGCUGACUGGCCAACAGAGAAGCUCGUCACCUUUAUGUACGAUGUUGCUAAGCGUGUACAAGGGGAUAGUAGAACUAAUGAAAACUAA